GUGGGGGCGCAAGAUUCAUUGAGGGCAAUAGAAAGGAACAUCACAUAACAAACACUCCUGAUCUCCACACACACACACACACACACACACGGUCCUUUAAUGAUGGCACACCAACAAGACGACGAGAGGACGAGAAGAAAAGCCGACGCAUUUCGAGGUCCUGUAUUCUAAGUGGAACCAUCCGCAACAUGUAGGGUUCUGAUUUCCCGGGGGAAGCAGUGGAGGAGAUGGCGAUGGUGAGGGCGAUGUGGCUCUAGUCUCUGCCUCAGUGAGGAUGGGCUCGCAGGCGCUGCAGACGCUCCGGCAGGGGGUGUGGGCUUCCCUGACCGGCGGAUGGUACCACGACCCCGAGCAGAAUAAAUUCAACAACUCCUGCCAUCUUUAUCUGUGGCUCUUCCUGCUCAUGUUGCCUCUGUCCCUGCAUCUGGCUCUUCCACCCACCAGUCUGGCCCUCAGUAUUUACUGUACCUCAGUGACUGUUUUCUUCAUCCUCAUUAAGAUGGUGAACUAUCGCCUUCACCUAAUGUUUGAUGAAGGUGAAAUUGUGCCCCGAAACAGUGUGUCUGACAUCAGCAAAGGUGCAGAAAAAAAGAGUAAUGCCUCAGACACCUGUCGUCCAGCCAGCUUGAGGAAGAGCAGCACAGUACCUGAUAGUGUUGCCAUGACAGUAUUGACUAGAAACAGGGCAAGUCCAGUAAUCCAAGUCACAGUGAAACAGACUGAAACAGACCCGGGACUGAUUGGAGAGUGCUCAAAAAAGGACUCAAAACACAUAGAGGGCCAAGAUGACACAUCCUCUCAGAAGACGGGUAGGGAAAGAACCGAAGUUGAGGAGAAACUGACCCCUGAAGAUGCAUUUAGUCCCAAUACUGACCAAUCAGCCCCACUCUUGCAAUCAGAGCAGAGACAGCCAACCCAAGGGGACACAGCUGAUGAAGGCCUGCCCCCUUCUGCCAGCAGUGAAGAGGAGAGGAUCCAAGAAGAAGCUGAGAAAGAGACACCACCACUUCCAGAGCCCGUCAACACUGGCAGCAGGUCCUCGGCGGCUAAAGAGGCUGAGGAGGAAGAGAAGCCUGAGGAGACCUACUGCUCGGAUGAAAUCUCUGUGGUACUGGUUGACAAUUCUGGUUUAUCGACCCGCCUGGACGAGAAUGAUACUGUGAAGAUCGUUAUCACAAUGAGCUGUGACCCUCAGACAGCAGCGGAGCUGGAGGAGUCAGUCAGACUCAGCCUCCUGGAGUCGGCUCAAUCCCGCCUAGCUCAGCAAGACCAGAUGGGGGAUGCUCCUGUCAAAAUUCCAGUCAUUACCUUUGAUUCACCUCGAGAGGAAGAAGAAAGCUGUGUCAAAGAUAAUAAAGAAGGGAGGCUAAAUCCUAAUGAAUUGUCUCCUCAGGAACAGGCUGUGGCUCAUGAAAGUCAAGACCCAAAUGAGCCAGUUGGGUCCAGUUCUGCCCAACAGGAAGUAUUGUCCAAUGAACAUGAGGCAGAGAAUCCCAGUCCGAACACUAAUAACAGCUCCUCGGGCAUUGAUGUGCGCUCCCAUCCAGAUGAGAGCGAGCACACUGAGCUGAAGUCAGACACUGAUGGAUUCUUGCAAAUCCCUUCUGGCUUUGGGAGGUGUGGUGGAGGAGGAAGGCUGCAUGCAAGAGGACUUAGCAUUGACAGUGGAAGGGACGCUGUCCUGAUUGGCCACCGAGCCAAAUCCAAGCUGCAGACCAUGACCUCAUCUAAGUCGGACUUAGAGGACAAAGAGGGCCAGUUGCCCAAUGAGUCCAACUUUGUGGAGUUUGUUUCAAUGCUGGAGUCCAUCAACAGUACCAGAAGUGGGGGAGGGAAGCAGACAGAGGAUGAGCAGAAGGAGGAGCAGAAAAUUAAAACAGAUGAGGAGACUACAAUGCUGGUGAAGAACUUAGAAAGCACAGAUGAGGCUGGACAGCAAGGUCCUCCAAACCCUCCGAACAGUCUGGCUACGGACACACUGCACAGCCUUCCAGAGAAACGGAUUCCCAUCGUCUCUCCUGACAGUCCUCAGACAGAUAAGGAGAGGGAUCCAGACUAUGACUCUCUGCCCUCUCAGACGUCUCAAUCAGAGAGCUCAAUGCUGCAGGUCAUCUGUAGACCAGAAGCAACAUCUAAAGAGGAGGCUUAUACCUUCCACACAGUGCACAGAGACAGACCUCGAAAGCUGUACAAUGAAAGGGCGUUAAAUUUACCUCUUGGAGCUGAACUGAUCACGGGGAACGUAUGUGAUCUCCUUUCCACGUCCUCCAACUCGGAGGGCCAGGAUGGGUUAGUGGGUGGGCAUCCCGAUUGUCCGUUUCAGCGCCGCAUGAUUCCAGCUCACCGGCUUCGGCCCAGGAGAACACACCCCGAGAUCUUUCAGGAGGAGGAUUCUCUUGACGACUCCUCUGACACGACUACUGAGGAGAAGCCAUCUCGGAAGCUCUACUAUAAGAUGAAAAUUUUUCCUGGGAAAUGGAUCAACAUCUUGUACGAUCCGGCUGACCUUAAAUGGCGCUGCUGGACCAGGAAUCAGGACUGGAAGGAGAACAUGGCUGCUGUGUUUUUAGCAUUCCUGGUUGCUUUUCUGGGCUUUGUGCUCCUGAACCAUGUUGCCUUUAAGGACUUUUGGGUUUUCCAGUUUUGUCUGGUCAUGGCCAGCUGUCAGUACUCCUUAUUAAAGAGUGUCCAGCCAGACGCAGCAUCACCUACUCAUGGACAUAAUCGAAUCAUUGCCUACAGUCGAGCUGCAUAUUUCUGCAUGUUCUGUGGCCUUAUUUGGAUUCUGGAGUUGAAGCUAAAAAGAUCAGACCUUCCUGUGUUCACCUUAUACGGCAUUACGAUUGUAAUGUCGACAUGCUCCUAGUUUGUACAAGAUAUUUUAAUUGGUAAGUAUUAGAUGUAUUAAAGGGAUUUAUCAUACUGCUUUCCAAUAACCUUCCUUCUUGCCCUCCCACAAAUCAAUACAUUUGUUAUUUACUUUCUCGAGCAAAUUGAUAUACACUUUUUUGGUGGAACAGCUGCAACUGGACUGUAUUCAGCCUUCUACUGUAGUAGGGAGGGUCUGUUGGUGUUAACAUUACUGUAUGGAUUCUGUCUUGGACUUCUUUCUCAUUGCCAUUGCUCAUGUGUGCAGGAACCUUGGAACGAGCAGCACGUCCCAGCCCUGUUCUCUGGGUUUUGUGCUCUGCUGGUAGCCCUGUCUUAUCAUCUCAGUCGACAAAGCAGUGACCCGUCUGUACUAUUCACUUUGUUUAAGUCCAUAUUCAUGCCAGCACUGGGGGAAGACGAGGUGGAGGAAGAGCCCUCUGAGAAUGAAGAUCCUCUUCCAAAGAAGCUCCAGAGCUCAGUGAGAGAGAUACUGAUCUCUGAUCUGCUUGUAUGCACCGUCGCUUCAGUUUUGACUUUUGCUGUUACUCGCCAGUACGUUUUUUUUUAAAUACAGCCCUUUGUCACCAUAGUGCUGUAUGCCCUGCAGCAAAGUGGCUUCGUCACCCACUAUCUCAUCCCUCUACGCAAACAUCAUCCCUGGUUGUGGCUCUCACAGCCAGUGCUUAAGAGUAAAGAGUACUCCCAGUUUGAACCCACAGAGGAUGCUCAGCUGAUGUGGUUCGAGCGGCUCUAUGUAGGACUCUUGAGCUUUGAGAAGUAUGUGGUACCUGCCAUUGUGCUCAGUGCCCUCACUAAUGAUGGCUUCGCCCUCAGCCACCGGAAAAAGCUGGGUAUACACUGUGAUGUCUUAUUGAUGACAGUUGCUGGGAUGAAGCUUCUGCGCUCGUCCUUCUGCAACCCCAGCUACCAGUUCCUCACGCUCAUCUUCACCAUCGUUUUCUUCGAGUUCGACUACAGCAAGGCUUCUGAGACCUCUGUCACUCUCCUCUUCCUCAUGUCCAUAGUCUUCACAAGGUGGGAUCUUCUGCACAAGCUGCACUUUGUUCUAGUCUACAUCGCUCUGCAGAUAGCAUGGGGCAGCGCUUUUCACGCCUUCGCCCAGCCCUUCGCCGUUCCACAUUCUGCCAUGCUGCUGGUGCAGACAUUAAUCACCACCGUUUUUUACACUCCACUGAGCCCGUUUCUGGGCAGUGCCAUUUUCAUCACAUCCUACCCACGUCCCGUCAAGUUUUGGGAGAGAAACUACAACACAAAACGUAUCGACAAUUCCAACAGCAGACUGAUGUCUCAGAUUGACAAGGAUACCGGCUGUGAUGAUAACAAUCUGAACUCGAUCUUCUAUGAGUACCUGACACGUUCGCUGCAGCACUCUCUGUGCGGGGAUCUGCUGCUGGGCCGCUGGGGGAAUUACAGCACAGGCGACUGUUUCAUCCUGGCCUCUGAUUACCUCAAUGCUCUCAUACACAUCAUAGAGGUUGGCAACGGCCUUGUCACCUUCCAGCUGAGAGGUCUUGAGUUCAGGGGCACGUACUGUCAGCAGCGGGAGGUGGAGGCCAUUACUGAGGGCGUGGAGGAGGACGAGGGCUGUUGCUGCUGCGAGCCGGGUCACCUGGCCCAUGUUCUCUCGUGUAAUGCUGCAUUUAAUCUGCGCUGGCUCGCCUGGGAGCUCACCACCACCAAGUACGUGCUUCAGAGCUACAGCAUCAGUGAGAACAACGCAGCCACCAUGCUGCAGCUCUAUGACCUACGCAAACUGCUCAUCACCUACUACCUCAAGAGUAUCAUCUACUAUCUGGUGAUCAACCCGAAGCUACAGACAUGGCUUAAGGAGCAGUCGAUCCACGAGGCCCUGCAGCCGUACAGUAAAUGGCACCAUAUAGAGAGAGACCCAGUGGUUUUCAGUGUUAAGAUUGAUGAGGACUACGUCCACUGCCUGCAAGGCGUCACCAGGGCCAGCUAUUGCAACGUCUAUCUCGAGUGGAUCCAGUACUGCGCCGGCAAGAUGGAGCAACCGGUGGACUGUGAUGAGGAUUCUCUGCUGGUCACGUUGUGUUUUGCUCUGUCGGUCCUAGGCAGGAGAUCUCUAGGCACUGCCUCGCAUAACAUGUCCAACAGUUUGGAGUCCUUCUUGUACGGCUUCAGCACCUUGUUUAAAGGAGAUUUCCGCGUCGCCACAAAGGACGAGUGGGUCUUUGCUGACAUGGAUCUGCUCCAGAAGGUGGUUGCACCAGCGGUUAGGAUGAGCCUCAAACUUCAUCAGGACCACUUCACGAGUCUGGAGGAGAGCGAGGAGCCGGCCGUGCUUUACGAGGCCAUCAGUACAUACAGGAGCUCACUGGUGAUAUGUGACGAGGGCGACCCGGCGUGGCGUAAGGCCGUGCUGUCCAGCAGAGAUACACUGCUGACGCUACGCCACACACUGGACGACGGCAACGACGAAUACAAGAUCAUCAUGCUGUAUAAACGCUACCUCAGUUUUAAAGUCAUAAAGAUCAAUAAAGAGUGUGUGCGUGGGCUGUGGGCAGGACAGCAGCAGGAGCUGAUCUUCCUGCGUAACCGUAAUCCAGAGCGAGGAAGCAUCCAGAACUCAAAGCAGGCACUGCGGAACAUGAUCAACUCGUCAUGUGACCAGCCGCUGGGUUACCCCAUGUUCGUGUCUGCCCUCACCACCUCAUACGCAGGAACACACAAGCACACGGGCAGCGUCUGGGGCGGCACGCUCAGCCUCGAGGGCAUCCGCACAUGGCUCUGCUCCCGGUGGCUCCGUGUAAGGAAGGACAAUCUGACGAGUUGUAACAGUGGAGUGAACAUGGAAGACGUGGACUGUGCUGGCUCUUCUGUUAGUCAUACUCACAACUCCGUCACAUCCCAAAGCACCAGCACACACCAGCCGCAUCCACGAAGCUCACGCACCCGACACCACAGUACAGGACGCCGUGAGUAUCGCAGUGGCUCUGUGCAGCCUCAGUGUCAGCGAGCCCCAGUCACCAGUCGCUCAGGGCCGAUCCUGGAUCUCCAGCAGGGCUCAGGCUCUAACGGCGUCAUGCAGCGCCUCUCCAACAGUCAGCUGUCCUUCAACACCUCCUCCAUCGCCUCUGUCUUCUCCCAGGUGCCGCGUGUUUCUGCGGCGGGCGCCGUGCUCUCAGCUCAGCCACGCUGCAGUCAGGCCUCCUCCUCCAGCUCCACUCUCAGCCUGCUGUUCGGGAAGCGCAGCUUCUCCAGCGGUCUGGUCAUGUCGGGUCUCUCCGCCGCUGAGGGAGGAAACAGCACUGACACACAGUCAUCCAGCUCCGUCAAUAUCAUCACCCCGGGACCAUCAGUACGCCACACACACACACAGUGGACAUCAGAAGCGUAUGAGAGUAUAGACGCCACGUCCACUGUGACUUCAGGGCCAAAAGACAACACAGCAUCAGGUGAGAAGAGCCAGGAAGGGUCAGGCUCGGGCUCGGGCUCGGGCUCAGGCUCAGCCUUCCACGAGAACUCGGAGCAGAAGAGCACCUGAGAGCUUUUCAGCAUGUCCACACAACUCACCAGACAUGAUUUAUAAACUAAAUCACUGUAAAGGUUCGAUAUUAAAGAUACAUUAUAGAAUGGGGUAGUAAACAUUCCAGUAAGACUCUAGUGUGUUGAGUUGGAUGAAGUGUAGCAGAUCUGAGCACUGAAAGUGAAAGAUGUCCUGUGGGACUGUGAUCAGGAGACGAUGAACUGUGUGUUCAAGCAUUCUUUCAUACAUUCAUUCUUUUAUUCAAGUGCUUUACACUGGUCAGGGUUAUGGUGGAUCUGGAGCCUAUACCGGAAUCACUGGGCUCGAGUACACCCUGGAUGGGAUGCCAGUAUAUUCCAUACACACACACAUAUAUGUAUAUUUGCACACUUGUUCACUACUGGCAUGUUUUUGGGAGGUUGGAAGAAACUGGAGAAUCCAGAGGAAACCCACUCACACACAAGAAGAAUGUGAAAAACACACAGCCAGUAACCUGAGAUCUGGAUCGAACCGGGGACCAUGGAGCUGUGAGGUGGCAACACUACCGUCAUCCACAGACUGUAAGAUCUCACUGACGCAUGUAGCCUCCCUUUACAGAAAAUAAAAACGACAAACAGACCAACAAGUCACUUGAAAUUUGUCCGUCACUUCUAGGGGGUUUGUAUACUGACAAAUAAUAUAAAAGAGGAUGAGAAGUGGAAUGCUUGCUCUGACACCCUGCACAGAAUAUUCAACGCAAGAACAAAAUGAAGUAUAAUUUCCUUAGCAGUUCAUCACUGGACAUUAGACGGGAACAUGAUCAUCAUCGUGUCGCUGCUUUAUAUAUGCACAAUGGCUCCCAAAGCAUGGACACUACAAGAAAUUCAUUCCGAUGUGCAUUUAACCACAAAAAUUAAGACACUUGGUAUCUUCAUUAAGAUCUUUUCUCAUUUUUCAGAUUUUAAUACAAUGCUGGUGGAUUUUAAAUAUUUUCAGCAUCAUAAGCAGCCACAUCUGUUAUGUGACAGUCUAACAUAUUUGGCACCUGCAGCAUGUGCUUUAUUUUUCGUUAAUUAAGAUGGUAGCGUGAUGGUUAAUUAAGCCUGAAGUGUCAAUAGUACCUCACAAAAAUGACCUCAUCUAAUAGAAGUAUCUGCUACAAUGGGUCUGUACGGCAUUCGGACUGUCAAGCAAAUAUUGUCUAACAGAUUUGGACACGUAUGUAGAUAAAUGACUCCACUGAAGGAGACUCAGAAUCGUCUGUUAAUGAUAGUAUUCACCUUUGUGUACACAAGAUGAAUACACUGUGUAUGUCAUGUUGUAUUUUUUGUUUAAUGAUAUUGGUAUUGUUAAAUCCUAAACGAUUGAAAGCUCAUAAACAUGGGAAUCACUUUCUCAAACAUAGGAAUCCACUCCUCAACAUGUUUUUAAUAAAACAAAACUGCUGACUAGUCUUUUCUACGAACUCUCAUUUCACUAUUCAUCAUUUCAUGCACACUAGCAGUCAUCUUGGACAAUAAACUUUUAACAACCUUGUUCUGUUCACAUACUGAAGCCUAGAACAAAUGCAGCCAACUA